AAAUGUUAACAAAUACGUAUUUAACUUACUGUUUCUCUGCUCUGUAUUUCAGGGAACCAAAAGUUGAAUGCUCUACUAUGAAUUGGGUAAAUGAGAGCACCCCCCAGGAGUUUGUUCUGUUGGGCUUUUCAGACCGGCCAUGGCUGGCGCUGCCGCUCUUCGCGGUGUUCCUGGUUUCCUAUGUCCUCACCAUCUUCGGCAACGUGGCCAUCAUCCUGGUGUCGCGUCUGGAUGCCAAGCUCCACACCCCCAUGUACUUCUUCCUCACCAACCUCUCGCUGCUGGACCUCUGCUACACCACCAGCACUGUGCCCCAGAUGCUGGUGAACAUCUGCAGCUCCCGGAAGGUGAUCAGCUAUGGCGGCUGCGUGGCCCAGCUCUUCAUCUUCCUGGCCUUGGGCUCCACCGAGUGUCUCCUCCUGGGCGUCAUGUCCUUCGACAGGUUCGUGGCCAUCUGCCGGCCUCUGCACUACUCGGUCAUCAUGCACCAGAGGCUGUGCCUGCAGCUGGCGGCUGCCUCCUGGCUCAGCGGCUUCAGCAACUCAGUGCUGCAGUCCGCCUGGACCCUGCGGAUGCCUCUGUGUGGUCACAGGGAGGUGGACCACUUCUUCUGUGAGGUCCCCGCCCUGCUCAAGUUGUCCUGUGUGGACACCACAGCCAAUGAAGCUGAGCUCUUUUUCAUCAGUGUGCUCUUCCUUCUGAUACCCGUGACCCUAAUCCUUAUCUCAUAUGCUUUCAUUGUCCAUGCAGUGUUGAGGAUGCAGUCAGCAGAAGGUCGGCGCAAGGCCUUCGGGACAUGCGGCUCCCACCUAAUAGUGGUGACGCUGUUCUACGGCACCGCCAUCUACAUGUACCUGCAGCCUCCAUCUCCCGCCUCCAAAGACCGGGGAAAGAUGGUGUCGCUUUUCUAUGGGAUCAUCACACCCAUGCUGAACCCCCUCAUCUACACGCUGAGGAACAAAGAGGUGAAAGGAGCUUUCCGGAGGCUGAUUACGAGGGUCUUCAUAAUUAAAAAACAAGGACUAUCCAAAUGCUAGGCCUUGCCAAAGACAGAAGUUUACGUGGCCUAAUUUAAUUCUAAGUUGCUUUACCCUCACUACUUUCAGAAAGAAUGAUUAUGGUGAUUUCCUACAAAUGUGUCAUGGAUAGGGAGCCACUUAUUCUCCACUACGUAAGUGCACUCAUUGCACGAGUUCUAAGGCCUGCUCUGUAAUGUUUAACCUUUAACCAAAUUGUUUAACCUUAAAGUCUAAGUUUCAGGAUGGCUGGUUUACAUAUUUGGGAACAAGUCUUAGAUCUCUUUGAGGUUAGAAUCAAAGCGUAGGAGCCCUUUCCCCAGAAAUAAAAUUCCCAACAUUCACAUUCAUCCAAACACCCACACCCACGCUCUUCCUCUCAAACCCCAAGAUUUUCUCAGACAUUUAUAAGUCUAAAAGAAGUCUGUGAAACUGUCCAUGGCUUCCCUCUUCUUAAUUACAAAGAUAAGGAUAAUAGCUCUUGCUUACAAUUUAAUACUAUGUCCGUAUUGGCACAAUACUAAAACCCACAAUGAUUUCCCCACAUUUUACUUAUAUUUGCUAUUCUCUUGUUUCUGUGAUUUUCAUUUCUCCUAAACUGAAUUCCUGUUCUAUUCCAUCUACCAAAUAAAACUGUAGCUACAUUUACACUUGCACCAGGUAACUUACUUUUGGCAUUUUUAUGAUUUUCUCUACUAUACAUACUUUUGCCCUUAACACCUAAAGCAUGUGUAGUUCAAAUCCUAACCAAUAGCAGUUCAGAAAAUGAUAAUCUACUGCUUGUUAGUGCACUUUUCUUGUGCAAGAAGAGAAGUUUACUAACUCCAUAUUGGUUCUCUGGGGGCAGCACAGGUUGUA